AUGCCACGUAAGCUACGUAAGAAUAUACGUAAGAGGAAGAGAGCAUUGAAACAUCCAAUAGUAAAACUAACACCACAACAACAGUUGCAACAACAAAUUAUGAAUGACCCCACUAUGUUGCAACAAAUGUCAAGCAACCCUAUGCUUUUAAACCGAGUUAUUGGUGCACAGAGUGGAGGUUUAAGAGCGGCACUUUUAGCGAAAAUGGCAGGCUAUGGUGGAGCUGCAGACGGAACAGCUUAUAACCCUCAAAGUCAAAUGAAUUUGAGUUCACUCAAAAAUCAAAUAACAGAUGUCAAAAAGUCAAACAUAGACAUACAGAAACAAAUAAGUGAAAACGAAAAGAAACUAGAAUAUGACAGACACACAAAGAAACUCAAUGAGUUAAACGUAGAGAAAAAGAAGAAAGAAGAACAACUGAAAGAACUAAGUACAGAGGAAUAUGCGAAAAAAGUGUCAGAAAAAGCAGCAGAAGUAGCAAAAAUGGAACAAGAUGUUAUAAAUUUGAAAAACCAUACUACUCAAUAUAAAGUACUGAAAGAUGAAGAAAUAAAACAAAAAGCCCUGAAGACAUAUAUGGAUAGCGAUGAGUAUAAAAAAGAAGUUGAAGCAAAUGUAAAGGCAGAAAAACUUUUACAGUUGCAAAACCAAACCGUACAGUAUGAAAACUUAGCACAAGAAAGUAAAAAUAACGACGCAGCCAUGCAAAAGGCAAUGAAAAGCGCAGAAUAUAUAAAAGCUAAUAAUGACUGGUUAGAUGCCCAAGCCAACGCUAAAGCAGCCCAACUUAUAGGGUCAAUAAGGACAAAAAUACAAGCGGAUGAAGACAGUUCAAAUGAAGCUUUAAUGAAUGCUGACUUUAAGAACGCCUUCGAAGCUCUUCAUAGUAAGGUGAAACUAGUGAACGACUUCUCAUCUGGAAAGAAACUGAAGUCUGAAGGUUUCGACAAAGAGUUAAGAGAAGUAGCACAAAAUAUGACGAAAAUAACAGAUGCAGCAACGAGACAGGCAGUUCAAAGUGCCUAUGACGCCGUUAGAGCAACUGUUGUGGAAAGUCAAGAAAAAGAGUUACAACAGACCAAAACAGACCUAGUAAAUGCUUUCUUAAAAACGAAAAGUCAGGUAGGACAUUAUGCUGCAGAUGGAACAUAUGUGCCAGCUGGUGGAACUUAUAUACCAGCUGGUGGAACUUAUAUACUAGCUA